CUCCUUAGCGCAUGCAGUGUUUGUCUUUUGUUCUUCUUUGCUGGUAUUUUAUGCGUAGGUUUUUAUCCUAGGGGUAUCAACCGUAGGAAAAGGUGCUUAGGAGCAUGACUCAUAGGAUACAACUCUGGGGUGAUUUUCUGGGUAAAAUUUUUUAUGCCUAUUUGGAACAACAAGUUUCUAGGGUGCAAAAACCGGGUAGCUUAGGGGACACGCUUCACAGGCGGUUUUGCCUUUCGAAACUUUCCUUCUAAGGAAAACUUUAUCCUGACCCUCCUGACACAUGGAUCCCGAGCAAUCAGGGACUUAUUGGGCGCACAGGCGUGUGUUCAUAGAACCGCGUGGUCUCACUCGCCGCGGGCUGAGAUUACCUCAGCCCGUGUAAAGGAAACCCUUCGCGCUAGAUUCUUCUUAUGCUUAGGUCCCCUUUUCUAAACUUUCUUCUUUGUUCGUUAGGCGACCAGAUGGCACCCAAGAAGAGCGCAUCCAAGAAGAGUGUUGGCAGCUCGUCAUCCCAGCAAGCUAGCAAAGGGAAAGAGGUGGCAACAGACUCCCCGAUCCACAACUUUGGUCCCACCGUGGAGAAGGAGGUCGAGGUGGGGCCUGACGCCUUUUUCGAGGCCGAGAGGAUUGCCUCGAAGGUCACCACCCAGGGGAAAGUUAACAAGAUAAUGCUUUCCCACAAUAUAGAGAUUGGGAAGGGCGCCCUGGACGCCCGGCCUCCCCUUGAGGGGGAGCAGAGCUGCGCGCCGCUCGACGAGGAGUACGCGGCCUGGAGCGAUGAACAUCUCAAUGCUGAGGCCUUUCUUCCCCUGGACCAGUAUUUCGCGGAUUUCUUAAAUUACAUAAAACUGGCCCCCUUCCAACUCCCCCCUAACUCCUACCGUCUGUUAGCGGGGUUGAAGUAUUUGUUCCUGAAGCAGGAAUGGGAGGUCCCCACACCUGCAAACAUCCUUUACUUCUUCUGCCUCAAAGCCAGCCCGGAACAACGGGGGCGAGAUGACGGGUUCUACUACCUGACUCGUUUUCCCAAUUCGGCUGCGAUCAUCGAGCUGCCCAGCCACCCCAAUGACUUCAAGGAUCAAUUCUUCAUGUCAAAGGGGUUUCGCAACUGCGAAUACCACUAUUUCAACCGUUCUCCUAUUUUUGCGAGGACGACUAAGUCAGUGACCCUUGGGGGUCAGUACGAAACCUUGGUAGGGCUCCCCCAAAGUGAAAAAGAUUACCGCCAGCUCGUGUCUGACGAGACGAUGCUGGUGUGUAAGUUAAUUUCCCCAGGCCAGACUCUGGCCUUGAGGAGGCCGCGGACCAUACCCGCUGCUCACGAGAUGGCGUCCAUCCCCGAGGAGGAGGCCGCGGGUAAGGACAAGGACGAGGUGCCCCUCGUGCGCCGGAAGCGAGCUUUGGAGGUCGCCCAGGAAGUCAAUGCAGAGAGGACCCAUUCCGGCGCAGCAGCCAGCCCCUCCGGCCAAGGUAACCCUUACUUAUUUAGGGACUUAGACAAGGCCACUGCAGACCUACGGCUUGCUAGGUUUAACCCCAGCCAACCCGUUCACCGCCACCAAAAUGACCCAGAUCGUGACAUCACCUUACUCCAAUGUGUUGACCAGCUCGUGCUGUGUCAUGACAUGAGCCGCCCUAGGGGUACCAUAGUAGUAGAUAAUACCCUGGCCUUUAGGUCGACCUUCUUUGAGGAGUACGGGACCAACCUUAGAUCGUGGCCCUCCCUCCUGGAGGGCGUAGUAGCUCCGGGUCUUAGGCAGUAUGUAGAGGAGUCCAAUUCUGAGGUGGAUCCGGAGCCAGAGCCUCCUCUCACCCGCGAAGUCAUUAUCUUAGACUCCCCCAUAGAAGAUCCGGGGUCGGAGGUCGUGACAAUAGAAUCCUCCUCUAGCUCGGAGGACGAGGAGAUGUCGCAGCCUGGGGACAACGUUCUGCGGUCUAUGUUCCAUGGAGGAAACCCCUCCUCCGGGCCUUUGGUGAAGAUGCUCCAGCUGGCCAAGAAGACCACUGGGACUUCUUCCCAGUCUCCUGCCAAGGGGAAAAACCAAGGCCCCGUCGCCAUAGAGAAAGUGCCUCCACCCCCUCCUGCAGUAGAGAAGAUGGCUCCACCUCCCCCGCGACCUCCUGUCCCUACUCGGGAACAGGAGGUGCCCACUGGGACCUUGUCAGCUCCGACCCCCGGUGUGCGUGUCCCGGUCAACCCCCAGGCCUUGGAGAAAGUCCCCGAGGCCUUUAGGGGGACUGUCUACGAAACCGUGACCUACAUGGUGGACCACUGCUACAACGCCACCCCGAGGGAUUUGCGGGAGAUCGAGACAAGGAGCCCCGAGAACGUGAUGGAGUCUUCAUUGGGGAUGACCCUCAUGGCGGCUUUGGCCCUCCAACGGAGCAUAUCUCGGUCCAGGGCCAGGAUCGAGGAGAUUAGGGGCGAGCACCAGGCUGCCCAGGUCGCCCUUGCGUCCGCUCAACAACAGGAGCGAGAUGCCAAGGCGGCUCUGGAAACUGCCCGAGAAAAUGAGAGGGUCGCGCAGGCCGCUUCGAUUGCUGCGAAGACCGAGCUGGAGGCAUCUCGGACCAAGCUGCAGGAGGCCGAGGCCACCAGGGUCACCCUAGACGCCGCGAAGAUCGAGGUCGAGGAGGCCAAGGCUGCUCUCGUGGCGGAGAGGGCAGCUUCCAGCUCCUCCAUGGAGGCCAUGCUGUACCACUACUGGACCUUCAACCAAGAUGGUGACUUUUCCUUCUUGGGGCCGGACGUGUGGGGAUCCUUUUUGGAGAAGUUUAAAGCUCGCCUUCAACAAGUGGCGCCCUCCGAGACUGGGGAGACUUCCACUGCCACCGAGCAGGAUGGCGAGGGGGUGACUUCAUCAGAGCGGCCUGGCGGGGCUUAGGAUUUUUCUCCUUUCCUUUUAUCAUCUACUUUUUUUUGUAAUUUUUCAUCACGAGGUUUUUAUCCUCGAAACAAUUUGGUAUCCCCAACUUUAUUUCAAUUUAUUUACAUAUUUUUGCCCCGA